AUGGUCAACGCGUUUGAGGAGGCCGAGGCGGACAAGAAGCGCAAGACGUACAACCAUAACUAUGCCGCUCGCUGCGAGGAUGAAGACGAAGGCAGACGGAAAAUUACCAUAAAUAUGCCUUGCCGUAGUUGGAUGGAAGUGCUUCUGCCGGCAAGUAAAAGACUAGAGGUGAAGAUCGCGCCACAAAAUUGA